GAAGGUCAAUGAUUUUCUAUUUUAAAACGUCGUACAAAUGCGAUCAAAGAUGGUUUUGAGCAAUAAAAAUAUGUCUAAAUGACAAAAUGUUGUUUACUAAUCUAUACGAAUGUGAUUAUAACGACUCACAUUCUCAGUCUAUAUAUAUAAUGUCGCCUACGGCAAAAUUUCAACUUUACUGUCUAUCAUUGUGGUUACUAAGUAUACUUUCCCCUACAAUUAAAGAAAGUUAUGUGAAUGUUACAUAAGAAACAAUAGUCGUUUGAAUAAUUGGACUAGAUUAUCUUAUGUCAAAAAAAAAGUUCUAAUUGAAUUUUUAAUAUAGAAACUCACAAAACAAUAAUAUCACCUGGUAUGAUCAAGCCUAAAUAAUGACUUAAAUUUUUUUUAAUAUCGAAAAUUCUAUAUAAUUUAUUUAUUUAUUGCAGAAGACUGUGCACCUGAUGGUAAAUGUAUAACAUUAGAAAAUAGUUCUAUGGAUAAAGAUGUUGAUGUAUCAAACUGGACAUUAAAACGACGUGUUGAAGGUUCACCUGAAAUAUCCUAUACAAUUCCAUAUGGUUUAAUUAUAAAACAUGGUAAUGAUUUAAAAAUCUAUGCACGUAGUGCACAAAAUGCUCAUCAUCGACCACCAUCACAAGUUGUUAAUGAUCAACUUGAUUCAUGGGGUAUGGGUACAGCAUGUGAAACAAAAUUAUUUAAUGAACAAGGUGAAGAAAAAGCAUCACAUUCACAAAAAAUUGUUUUCGGUUCGGAAUCAUCACGUCAUUUACCUUAG